AUGGAUAAGCCAAAAUCAAUGGACAAACCCAAAGCAAGCACGUCUUCAGUACGUUUCGCUCCAUUCAGUCAGACAGCCUUUGCCAAACUGGCUACUCAACUAGCACGAUCAUGUUCAGACUUGGAGGUUCAGAACAUUGAUGAAAAGCAUCGACGUCAACGAGGAUCGAUCUGUUCAUCAACAAGUGAUGACCGACUAGCUCAAGUUCAACAAGCAGCCACUCGACGUCACAAUCGACCACAACAAACCAGUGUAUCAUCGCGAGGUUCAAAUUCAUCUCACUGUGCUCCGAGUUCGGCUUCAUCCUCAUUGGCCGGGAUCGGCGGUAGAGAGCUGCAGUUGGUCAGUCAAUGUAGAGCUUGUUCUCAGGACUACCGAUGCACGUGCUGUGCUAAGUGCUCACAUCUUAUGAUUGUCUACACACCGGUAAGAGGCUGGGGAAGAUUGUUUUUUAUUUUUUGGUUGGGGCGUUUUAAAUUUUUUGAGGGGGGGGGGGAGGAGAAAAAAUUUUUUUUUCGAAAUUUUUUUACCAAAAAAAAUUUUACCUUUCCCCCUUUCCUGUUUUUUGUUUUUUUUUUCUUGCUCUAUUCUCUCCAUCUCUCCCCCCCCCCUUCAUCACACUUUUUUUCACUGCCAACUUGUCCUUUUAUAACCCAUGCCUUUGUGCCUUAAAAACCACUUUGCCAUACUAUGUAGUACACAAUGCACUUGCCCUAUUCUUUAAUAUUAAAACAAGAUGUUGAUAUUCAAAUCUGUGGGUUUCUCGGCCGCUUUUCUCCUUUAAAACCCGCGAAAUCCUCUUUGGCGUUCUCUGGGGACGGCACUCACGAUGAUAACACUUUUUUCGGGUUUUUGCGUCGUAAUCUGCAUUAUGAUUACAUGGUAUUUAAUUUUACUUUGUCACUAAUCAGCAAAUUUCGCUUUCAAAAGUGUAAAGUGAAUACGAGUUCUUUGGGUUUGCUUUAAAGAUUUUGGGAUAUAUAGUAGUAAGGGUAGAGGGAGAGGAGGGGUUGGUUUGAGAAGAGCAAAUUUUAGGGUAUAUUAGGAUGGAAUUUGGUCGUAAGGGCAAUAAUUCUCUUGUCUAGGUAAGGGCAAAAUUUUUUUCCUACGGAUUGAGAAUUUUAAAUUAAAAAAAAUUAAAAAAAGUUCAACUUGGUCCCCUCUGUUAAUUUAUUUGCAAAAUUAAAAAAUGUUUUCUUUUCAUUUUUUAGUUUUAA